GCUGUGUCGGUAACUGUUACGCUGCCUGCUGAAAAAGCUUGAAAACUUCCCUCGAGUGUUGACAAGCAAAAAAAGAGACUGAUCUAUCAGCUGAAAUGCAAGAGUUGAGUCACAUCUAAAACACUCGACUGCUGUGGAGAAGAAUGCAUUUGACCAGGCCAAAGUCCUCGAAAGGGCGUAGUCGACCCAACCUGAGCCACACGCCAAACAUGGAUGUGGCUGACAGCUUCCACAACACACCUCUGAUCCCGAAGCCUCCUUCAAUGGGCUACGACAGGUCCGGUCGUUGCCUCCGCUCCCGCUCUCGCUCUCAAUCCCUCUUCAGGCAGAGCAGCCAGCUGAGCGUGAAACAAGACCCAGACUACCUAGAUACGGUUCCCGAGGUACCCUCUCUUCCCUUCCCUUGGAACAAAUACAAGCCCCUCCCCUCCAUUGAGAAGAAGCCGUCAGAGGAGGGUGUCUCUUUGAGGGGCAUGGAGGAGAAGACAUCCAAGCUCAGCCUGUCCGACAGCCUCAUUGUCCAGGCUCGGCAAGGGCACGGGGAGCAUCAGCUGUCCUCAGUGAGGACCCGAUCAGUAUCCCGGAGCAACCCGGAGAUAGGCAACAUGUCAGAGGUGCUUUGCAAGGUCUGCCCCACUCCCAACCCUCCGGGCCUCAGCGUGAUGGCCACAACCCCAGAGGCAGAAAGCCCACCAGUAUUCUCCCCUGGCACUCCUGAUCCUUUGAGCUUACUCCUUGCCAUCCGGGCUCCGUGUGGUAGGAGGUUUGAGUACCACUUCCUACCCACAGACACCCUACUGACGGUGCUUGCCAGUGCAGAGGCCAGAUAUGGGGCCAGAUAUGAGCAUGGUUACAUUGAGAUCGUGGAUGGCUACGUUAAGAGUGGUGUGGAUAGACCCCUCCGAAGGACAUUCAUAGACCUGAACAUGACUUUGGCCCAAUGUGGCAUCUUAAAUAGAUCAGUACUGUGCAUCUUUCAGGAGGAUAUGGACUCUGCCUGAACUCAAGAUAGAUGACACAGUAUAACAAACAUUAAAGUAAUCUGACAAAUAGGCCUAUAUAUAUUAACAAUGAAGCCAUAUGUUUUUAGAGGAAAGAGUGCUUGUUUCCAUUGUAAAGAGGAGCUU